AUGGAAGCGGGGCGAGUCGAGGGACGGGGCGAAAGUGAAAAGCAGACAGAUGGACGGUCCCUGCGUUUGUGCGUGAUUGUACUUCUUGACACUGAAAAUGGUAUGGGUCUGACGGUCUACGGAGCCUGUGGGGAAAGCUGA